GGAGUGCACUGGGUUCCCAAGAGCUGGUUCCAGAAGUAGCGAUGUCUACUCGUAGAAGUUCUCGAUCUCGGUCACCUUCCAGGAGAUCUAGCACACCAAAGCAGUCUCCACGUAAAAGUCCCACUCRCCGUGGAAGGUCCCCCGGUCAACCACGGGACCAGCAACAACAAAACGACAACGGUGAAGAUKGUAAGACAAGUUCUCCAUCCAAACGAGGCCGACCAAGAAAGCUACAAAACAACGAUGAAGAAUCAAAGCCGAGUUCUCCAUCCAAACGUGGCCGACCAAGAAAGCAAAAAGAAGUUGUUGAGCAAACGGUAACGCACCUAACUCGUUCUACGACAAAGACAAUGGUCAAAGAGGAGAAGRAAGCCUUAUUUGAAAAGGACCUCAAAGAGUCACGCAAGGGUAAAUCCAAGGAGUUUGAAUUUGGUGGCCCUAUUGGAGCAUUCUUUAUGAUGUUGGCGUUGCCCAUUCUGGUGUAUSAUAUGUAUUUUUACUGUAAUGGCAAAGAUAACAAAUGUUCUUUCAUWAAUAACCCRUUAAARCUGCCACACKGGAGAAAAUUGUUUGAYGAAGGUCAUCUUAUCUAUGAUGGUUGGCUGCUCUUUCAGUUUGUGCUKUUCUUUGUACCUAUUGGAAAGGUUGUCCAAGGUCAAACUCAGCCAGAUGGAACAAGAAAAUCUUACAGAAUAAAUGGAUUCUUUGCUGUCAUUGCCACAAUGGCUGGUCUUUUCGCACUGAAAGCAAAACAGAUCCCAUUGAAUGYAGUGUACGACAAAAUGCCGUCCCUAAUAACAGCAUCAAUAAUAUGGUCUUUGCUAGUGUCCAUCUUUGUUUACAUCAAGGCCAAGCKUGAAGGGACAUGCCUUGCAAGCAAUACUGGAAAUGCAGUGUAUGAUUUUUUCAUUGGGCAUCAGCUUAACCCUUCGAUUGGAAAAUUUGACUUCAAAUUUUUCUGUGAAACAAGGCCAGGUUUACUUGGAUGGAUGGUUAUCAAUUUUUGUAUGGCAAGUCAUCARUAUGAAACAAUGCAUAAAAUAUCUCCUGCAAUGAUGAUGGUGUGUUGCUUCCAGUUCAUCUAUGUAUUAGACUGUAUGAUUUUUGAGUCAUCCAUGCUGUCACAAAUGGAUUUUACCCACGAUGGUUUUGGUUUCAUGUUAGCAUUUGSUAAUCUAAGCUACGUUCCCUUCUUGUUCUCUCURCAAGCUAGAUUUUUAGCUGAUCAUGAAGUCCACAUCGCUUUGCCGUUCAUUGUAGCAAUCGUUGCUUUAAAAAUUGUUGGAUACAUCAUCUUUCGUGGUUCCAACCUGCAGAAAGAUUUCUUCAGGCAACAGCCAAAUGACYCUGACUUCCAAGAUCAAGAAACCAUACUCACUCCAAGUGGAAAGCGGCUGAUGGUGUUUGGAUGGUGGAAGAUGGUUCGUCACCCUAACUACCUUGGGGACAUCCURAUGGCAAUAUCCUGGACUCUACCUUGUGGUUUUACUCAUWUAAUMCCAUGGUUUUACGCAGUCCAACUGAUAGUUCUUCUUGUUCACCGUCAACGCAGAGACGAUGUUCUAUGUCAAAAAAAAUACGGGAAAAGUUUUGACGAGUAUUGCCGAAGAGUUCCCUACAGAAUCGUACCCUUCGUCUACUAGACACCAGUCAUUCAACAUUUUUACGGUAGUAUUACGUCUAACUAGAUUCGUAUUCGUUCAUUCAACCUUYUUCGUACAUCAUUUAGACUAAUUCCAUAAGUCGGUCCUAGUUUUCUCUCGGUUUUAGUUGUUUCUCGCUCACUUUGGCUAGUUUGAGGGACAAACAAUGGCGGAUCCAGGGUUUUUCAAAACGGGUCCAGAUCAGGAAAUAGAUUGCUAUGACGUCAUAUUGACGUCAUAUGAUGUCACCUUCUGACAAGACCGUACUUAGACUACGCAUGCGUGCUGCAUUUCAACACAGGUAGUCCAUCCAGUUGGUCGGUGAAUGGUGAUGGCUCGAACUGGUUGGAAUACUUGAGCUUUGCAAAGUACCAGUACGACGCCAAAAACAAGCUAUAACAACAGUAUACAACCUAAAACUUCUGUAAUCUUUUUAAUCAAAAUUUAAAAAUUAUAUUUUUCUUUAUAUUCAAAAAUUUAAACCUUACUGAUUUAAAAAAAAGUGGCGCUGAAAAAAAAAAAGAAUGGUUGCAGCGGACCCCGUCGCACUACCCCUUGAUCCGUCACUGACAAACUGAAAAAAAAUUGAAAUCCUAAGAGCAAAAACUGCGACUUAUGGAAUCAGUCUGUACUCUCAAAGGCCAUAAAAUUGAAUCGAAAACUGAAAUCAGAUUUCAGCUAAGUUUCUAUAUUCUCUCUAAAACUAGUUGUAUAACUUCAACAGUUUAUCCUUUUUAAUGAUAUCUAAAGCUCAGUUUUCGUUGUGUGUACUAUUGUACUAUGUAAAUAGAUUAUUUUUUUUCCUCGCUAAGGGGCAUGAGCAUUUUAUA